AUGGCGGGAGCCCGAGGAGGCAGGUGGCUGAGCGCGCUCCUCGCGCGAGUCACCGAAGGGACGUCGCGAAAAACAAACUCGCGAUUUGUUCAUCCGGCCGGGGCCCUUCUCCAAGAUAAAUCUUCUGCGGAGCGAAGCAAUCACGUGACCUCACAUCCGGCUCGGGAAUCCCGAGCUCGCCGCGCGCGCUCCCCCACAGCCCGCCGGCUCUCCCCGCAGCGUGAUCCAGGCGCCACCGCGGAGGGGAGGGGGGGUUCGCUACGUCGUUGGCGGCGGGAGGCCGUUUCGGAGUGCAGAACGCCCCCCUCCCCUGCCUACCUCCCCCUGCUGCACGCCCUUGUUCUCCCCCUGCUCUGGCUACACGCCGCCGCCGCGGGCGCCGAGGAGGAGAGCGCGGACUCCGCUGCGCCCGGCUCGGCCCGGGCCCCGCCGCGGUGCCUCCCUCCCCUCACCCCGAGCCGCAGCGCGCGGCGGCGGCGGCGCCUCGAGCUCGAGCGACCCGCGGCCGCCAGCGCCGGCCGAGGGCGAUGGGGCUGGGCUGAGGCGAGGCGGCGGCGGCGGCGACAGCGGUGGGCCCCGGCCCUGCGCGGCCCUUCGGCUGCUCCGGCCCGGAGGCCGCCGAGGAGACGGCGCGGCGUUGCCGGAUCUGACAAAAACAUCCUUGGAUUUUGGUGUCUGGACAUAGGAGCUCCAUUUCCAGUCAUUCCCCAGAGGCCAUCCUGUGCUCCAGCUAGUUCAAGUAACUUGUAUUCCUGACACUUUCUGGGAUUUCUCACCUUAGCACUUCUGCAUAUGGUAAUUCAUCUACUUGGAUUCCAUCUCUCUCUUAUUUCCCCUUUUUACUGCUUGUUUGCUUGAUGAACUUCAUACCCGUCAGGUCUUAGAUCAAGGGAGAGUUCUUCUGAAGACUUUUCUGUCCCUUGCCUGCCUCUUCCUCCCUCUCCGUGCCUCUCCCUGCUCCCAGUGCUUGCACGGUACUUACUUUCCUGCAGUGUGCAACUGCUUUGAUAUGUUUGCUUACUUGUCUAGCCUAGGUUUGGCUUCUUGAGGUUAGAAAUUUAAUCUUUGUAAUCUCCAACAUUUAGCACGUACUUGGCACGUGUAGACAAUGACAUUCUAACAAAUGAUUUUUUAUGAAAUAGGAAGUAGUGAUAAACCAUACUGAUUCUUUCUAGAAUGCUAAUUUAAUAUUUACAGAUUUAUUUUGAAAUAUUAAGGGUACUUGGGCAACAUCUUGGUUUUCUCAAUUUGCCUUUUCGUAAAUCAAACAAUGGUCUAGGAUUGGAUUUUAAGAUAUUACUUGGUUAGGAUAGAGGCACUGUUUUAAGUUCAUCGGUGACCAUGUUGGUGAGACUUUCUGUCCAUAAUAAUGAAAAAUUGACCAUCACUGGUCUUUAGAACAAAUAAAACUUUUCAAUCCAAAAAGAAUGGGUGAUCCGUAGGAUUGCCAUAGCACCAGCUCCAUCUGUCUCUGCCACUAGUGCCCAC